AUGCGCUGUUAAUAUUCCGUGGAUUUAACACGGCGUGUUGAACUAAACUCAGGCGAGUUGUUCAAGUGGUGCACUGAAGAAGUUUCACUUGUGGCUCAGUGGGAAGUAACAACGUCGAUCAUUUUCGUGUUAUUUUUAGGUGGAGUGUGCUGUUGUCGCCUCAUCUCACACAGUGUCGUCAGAUGUAAGUCAUAUUUAUCGGAAAUCGUUCAGCCCGACGGAUAUGGAGAGAAGCAGUGACAUAAUGUUCCAGUGAUGAGCUUUGUUGGCAUCAUGUCAGCCCCUCAAGAGGUUCAUGGGAACAAACCGCUGAGUGGAAGGACCUGAGGGGAGAGGACAUCAGACGAGCUUCUCACCAGGAGAGAAUGGAGACAACCAUGUCCUGUGUGUGGAAUUAGAAGAGAUGAUAGCGCCAUCUGAAGCUGAAUAAAGUUCAGUUUGAGCUGAUCAGGUUUGAGGAAGUUGCCACAGCUGCCUGGUGAAUUUAGUGGAUGUUUCAGAGAGGGUUGGAGGUAAGGAGGCUGAGCUCAGUGGCUGCCAAACUGCAGCUAUGGUCGUUGAGGUGAGGUUUCCUCCCUCCUCAUCAGUGACCUCGCCAUUUGUGUCACCAUGCCAGACGGCCCCGCCUUCGUCUUCUACAUCAUCCUGGAGCUGCUGAUUGCCAUGUUCUCCGUGCUGGGCAAUGUGCUCGUCUGCUGGGCUGUGUACCUCAACAGCAACCUGCAGAGCAUCACCAACUUCUUUGUGGUGUCACUGGCGGUGGCCGACAUCGCUGUGGGUGUCCUGGCCAUUCCCUUCUCCAUUGUCAUCAGCACUGGCUUCUGCUCCAACUUCUAUGGAUGCUUGUUCAUUGCCUGCUUUGUGUUGGUCCUCACCCAGAGCUCCAUCUUCAGUCUGCUGGCCAUCGCCAUAGACCGCUACAUUGCAAUCAAGAUACCGCUCAGGUACAACAGCUUGGUGACAGGCCAGCGGGCACAAGGCAUCAUUGCCAUAUGCUGGGUUUUAUCCAUCAUCAUUGGCCUGACGCCCAUGAUGGGCUGGCACAAGCUGUCCAAGAGUGCCAACACCACCUGUUCGCCUGGCCUGGUGAAGUGCCUGUUCGUGGAGGUGGUACUCAUGGAGUAUAUGGUGUACUUUAAUUUUUUUGCCUGUGUACUGAUUCCCCUGCUGCUGAUGCUGGCCAUCUACCUGUGUAUCUUCAUGGCCGCUCGCCACCAGCUCAAGCUGAUCGAGGUGAAAGCGGUUCAUGGCGAGAAGUCACGCUCCACACUGCAGAAAGAGGUCCAGGCUGCCAAGUCUCUGGCUAUCAUUGUUGGGCUGUUUGCAGUCUGCUGGCUGCCUUUACACAUCAUCAAUUGCUUCACCCUCUUCUGCCCUCAGUGUGAACCUCCUCCACCCUGGAUCAUGUAUGUGGCCAUUAUUCUCUCCCAUGCCAACUCUGUGGUCAACCCCUUCAUCUAUGCCUAUCGCAUCCGAGAAUUCCGGCAAACCUUCCGGAAAAUUAUCCGGCGGAACAUCCUUGGCCAGCAGGAGCUGUUUGAAAGUGGCAGCAGUAUGCGCACGUCCACUCACAACAGCAUCAGUGACUCCAUCAGACUCAAAGCAACCACCCUCAGCUUUGACCUUUUCACUGAACACAACAGCAGUAGCUGUGACAGCUCCUGCCACUGCCCUACGCACAUCUCUCCUGUAGGGGGCGGUCUGGUAGCAGUAUCUCACCCCCCUCUUUCUGUUGUGAUCUCCCACUGUCCUCAGAUGGGCUCCUGUCCACUGCAAGCCCCCAGACAGCCUCACACAAAUCAUCAUCUACAGUAUGCGGACCAGCACCACGACUACACUGUACCAGACAUCAUGGAGGAUAAGGACAAGGAGAACCUCGGCUCUGCCCAGGUCACAUCGCUGUUCAACAAGCAGAAGAAAACAAAUUGCUUCAGUGAGCUGGCACACAUGUCCUGAUGCAUGCACAAGAGAAACCAUUCACUAGUAUUCAUUCAGGAGCUUUGCAGUCAAAUGUCAGCCACAACUUUUCAAGUGAUCAGGAUAAGUCCCGAUCCACAAUGGAAAUGGGAAAACGGUAAACAAAUAAUGGACAACAAGUAUCACUGAGGUGACUUAAAUCUUCUUUUCAUGAGAAACUGUCUCCCACUAUUUAAUAACUUUUGAAUUUAAACCAGUCUGAAAGGAUUAAAGCACCGGUAGUGAGCCAAAGAGGUUGUGCUCCACCCACAAGACCACAAGUGGUUUAAAUUGACUGACUGUGACUACUUCUUUCUUUAAGGUGCAGGCACUUCCUUCAUCAAAAAUAGCUCAGCAUUCAUGUCAGUAAAGAAGAGCACUAAAUGCUUUCACUUCAUCUUUGCAAACAGUUCUAUGUUUGCACCUCUCACUCUUUUAGGACAGUAAGAAUGGAAAAGCACUGAUUGUUGCCUUUCCAGGAAGACACUCUUUGUUUAGCUGCAAGUUACAGUAGUGUGUGAAUAAAUUCCAUCCUGCUAUUUCUGGUCUGGAUGGGUCUUUGACUGAAGACAAAAACUCAUUAUUAAAUUAUUGAUACAGGUUUUCAGGGAUAUGGAUGUAGACGCACUCUGAUGGAUUUCACCUCAUAUCACCUUUUUUCUUAUGCAGUAGUGCACCAUCACUUGCACUGUUUUUAUAUUCGCCCCAUCCCAAGGACCUGCAAGGUCAAGCUCAUUUGCAGAAAGGUUUCCACAUGUGGUCUAUUUGUUUAUAUUAAUUCAGCGUCAUGGAAGAUAUUGUCUUCCAAUUUCAUCAUCGCUCCCUGUGGGGCCCAUGCCAAGACGAGCACCAGAUUUGCUCAUGUUUGUGUCAGCAGCAGUGUAGUGUUUCACAUUUUAAAAAACAAAGGCCUCGAAGUUGGUAUUGUAAUGCUGAAAUGUACUUUUUUUUUUGCUUGGUGUGACAGUGUGACUUAACUGUAUGCUUUUAAUGUGAUAUCCAUAUAAAUGCUGACUUCUGAGGUAGUUUGAUGUUUUGAAGAGGAUUGUGAGUAAUUACAAUCAAGGCUUAAAUCAAACUCAAAAAGAAGUUUUUUUUUUGUUUGUUUUUCUUUUAUUUUCUGAUGGGU